ACUAACUAACGUUAGUGACGACCGAGAGAAGGUGAAAGACAGCUGAACAAUAAUAGUCCACUUGUUUGGUUUUACAAGUCAAUAAUGGCUGAAGACGAAGAUGAUUAUAUGUCUGAUGCCUUUCUCAGUCAAAUGUUCUCUCUGUGUCCAUCUCCCUGGCAGACCAGAUGUGAAGCCCGGUAUCCCGAUGGUGAAGCGUGUGAAGGAGGCCCUGAGGAAAGAGGUUCUUCACAAGGAGAAGAACGUUAAGAACCGCCAGAAGACUAUUAAAGAGUUGGAGCAGGAGAGUAGAGAGAUGGCACAGCACAGCACCAUCAGCAACCAGAACAAGGGCUUUGCUCUGCUGCAGAAGAUGGGCUACAAAGCUGGACAAGGCCUGGGGAAGCAGGGGGCGGGAAGAGUCGAACCUAUUCCACUAAAUAUCAAAACAGACAGAGGGGGCAUCGGCAUGGAGGGAGUGAAGAAGAGGAAAGCGGAGGAGGAACUUGAACAUUACCGUCAGAAAGCCCGGGCCAAACAACAGAAUGAGAAACAGUCCCUGGAGGACUUCAGAGUGAGGAUGAGGACAGAGAGGGAAGAGCAAAAGAUUGAAGGGGACCUCAGGAGGAGUCAGAAAGCCUGUGAGCAGCUGGACAGUCAGAAGGGUGUCCCGGUACCCAGAGAAGACUGGUACUGGCCUAAACUGGUUGUUGAGGAGGAGGAGGAGGAGGAAGAGGAAGACAAGGUGGUGGAGGAGGAGGAGGAGGAGGAGAAAGAAGACAAGGUGGAGGAGGAGGAUGAGUUAACUUCACUGGACAAGCUACAAAUUCUGACAUCAUAUUUAAGAGGGGUCCAUUUUUACUGCAUAUGGUGUGGGACCGCUUACAAUGAUGAGGAGGAUCUGUGUUCUAAUUGUCCUGGAYACWCAGCUGCAGAUCACGAUGACUGACCCGCUGCUGAAUAAUCUACAGGAGAGACUGGAGGCAUCGGCCAGUCGGAUUCAUUAACAUAUGGGGGAUUAUGAAUGGGAUCAGAAGCUGUGUGUAUGAAGCGUUUCUGUAGGAGUACUGAUUUGGAUUUUUCUCUUUAGAUCACAAUGAAUAAGGUUACAUGAACAGGGGGGGGGGACUGAUCCUAGAUCAACAUUCCUAUUCUGAGCCGGUUGAUACAUAUAACAUCUGCCCCUGUAUGAUAUAUAGGUGAGUUUUGACCUAUAACGUGUGAAUUUGUAUUAUUUAUAAUGUAGACAGGACAUUUGAUGUGUUUUCUUCCUGAACAUGUUUUUUGUUUAAUAAAUGAAAAACACUUUUUUUUAUAUGAUUCAGAAACCAUGAAUUAAAAGGUUAUUUAGAUUAUAA